CCACUGUUGCUGCUGCUGCUGUUGUCGCUGGUCGACCAACAGUGAGCGGUCCUGGGAGCCUGCACCAUCUCGUCGUACAGGUAAUCCGAGUCCUGGCGUUCCUGCCGUUCCACACUUUUGGAGCCACUUCUGAAGCCCAAGUGAAGUCUGGAAAAUGUCUGACAUGAGGAAAGCAGGUGUGCGCGUUGUAGUCCAGACGCUGCUCUUUCUUCAGAUUGCUGUGUUUUCUCUCUUCACCACUGUACUAGGCCAGAGUGAUGGCAGUGGUGUGGUGGUAGCCAUGUACAAUAUUAGUGCACCUCAGGGGUCUCAGGCAGUACUGCAGUGUCACAGCCAGCGCAUGGUGUGGACCCAGGACCGGCUGAAGGACCGCCAGCGUGUUGUCCACUGGGAUCUGUUCCGCAGCACUCCACUCUACGCCAUGGAGCGUGUCCUGGACAUGUUUUCUGCAGGAGAUCAGCGUCUCUAUAAUGCGUAUAACCAGGGACGCGUCAGCAUGUCCAAGACCGCUUUCACAGAUGGCAACUUCUCACUAGUUAUCAACAAUGUGACUAUGACUGACAAAGGCAUCUACUCAUGCAACCUUCACCAUCACUACUGCCAUCUCUAUGAAUCAACCAAAGUGCAGCUCAAUGUCACCAAAUCAGCUCGCAAAGUGCGGCGUUUCUGGGAUGGGCAGAAGGCGGUGUAUGUGGUCCUUUUAAACAGUACAGUUGCGUUGCCCUGCGUGAACCGCCGGCCCAUCUGGACAGAGGGCAACAGCCAGGAGGAGCAGCAGCAAGUGGUGCACUGGGACCGCCAGGCACCAGGUGUCCGUCAUGAUCGUGCUGACCGCCUUAUCGACUUGUAUGCUUCAGGAGAGCGGCGCCAUUAUGGGCCACUCUUUAUUCGGCAGAAGAUGAAUAUCUCGGCCACAGCUUUCUCACAAGGAGAUUUCUCACUCAUCAUCUCGGACCUACAACCAGCUGACCAAGGGCUGUACUCCUGCCAUCUACACCACCACUAUUGUGGCCUACAUGAGAGACGCAUCUUUCAGCUGACUGUUGGCCCACCCGUCCCACAGGAGCCUACUGAUGCCCCACCCGUCCCACAGGAGCCUACUGAUGCCCCACAAGCGCUACCCAAUGAAGAUCCCAUCACAAAUGAGGUGGAGGUACCGCCUCGUGUUAUCAACGUCAUCUUGCCGGAGCAGCGAGGUCACUUACUGCACCAGCUGGGCUACAUCCUGGCCACACUUCUCCUGCUGGCCAUCAUUUUGCUGGCCAUCAUCUUCCUCACCCGACAAUGGAAGAGUCGAGGUUUGGAAUAUGAUCCACGCACAGCUGCAAAACCACAACUACCCAUUGUGAAAUACAUGGGACAGGUUUCUAUGAUCAAGGACAUAGAGAGAUGCGUCCCAGAGGAGAAGACGUGCAACCAGGAGGAUACUAAGCUUGACUUUAAAAACAACCUUCUGAAAGAGGCGGAGAUGUCCAAACUUUGCUCUCCUAAAGUUAUUGACUUGGACAGAGAGAUGGAGAAGUUGUCCUGGAAGUGAGAGACAAGCUGGCCCCUGGCUGGUCCAGAGGCAGAUACUGCAGAAGAAUAAGAAGAAAGGAUAAAAAAAGAAUGCGUUGAAGAGAGUAGAGGAGACCACAGAGGAGUUGGUGUAUCUGUCUAUAAGUGUGCUGUUUCAGUCUUUGCUGUUUCAGGUUCGCAUAAACUGCUGUCGUGGGGCUUCACUGCCGGAAGGAGUACAGACUUAUCUUUGGAUCAACGACUCUGUGGUGCUGCAGCAUCAACAGCAGGCUUAAUGUAUUACACAAUGGACCACACACAUUAGUGAUAUACUUUCCAGGGUACUAUUCUAUCUUGCACCUUCAAAAACAAAUGUCAGUGCCUUUGAUGUGCUGUUAAAGCAAAGCCAUUGAUUGCCUUAAACAUUUAUUUCAUGGUCUGCAUGGACUGCGCAAUAUGCCAUAUCUUUGUCUUUAAGAACUCAAACAAAACUAGCAUUUUCCUGUGUGAUAAUGCACAGAUAUAUUAGGGCAAUGCCAUACAGAGCUGCACUUAUUAAUUAAUGAGCUUCAGAUAAAACCUUGAUAAAAAUGCUAAAGCUUGUGCCUUGAGUCAUACUGUAACUUUUUUUUCCAACUAAAGCUCCACAGUAGUUAAGCUUUGUUCUAAUCCAUCUGUUUUUCAUUUUUCAAUGUUUGUUUGAAUAUUUUUUGACAUAUUGCUGUGUAGUUUUGUAGUGUAUUUAAGCUGUUUAUUAAUGGCCUAAUAUGCUUAUUACUGGCAUAAUGAAACAAGUAUUCAAGUUCAAGUGUUCAACUUGAAAUCGUUCUAAAUAGAACCCAGAAUACUUUUACUGUAGAAGUGGGACCUAUUUUUCAGCAUUGGUAAGACGAUAUAAAUUCAAGUAUCCUGUGCUUACUGUAUUUGCAUAUGUUUAAAUACAUUAUUCUGACAUAUAGCCUACAGACUUUCAAAUUGCCUUUCAUGUAGUGUAUGUUGCUUUAUCGACUGGUUAUUUUUGGAUGAUUAAAAGACAUUUAACAAGGCUAAAGCUUAAAGAAUAAACACCUAGACAGUGAUUCUUUGUUCAGCAUUUUUUAGUCUUUUCACUAGUUACCACUUAUCUAACCAUUACUUGUAGAAAGUCUUUUGACCAGAUAGCUUCUCCAUCUCAUCCACAGAAUACUUAUCUUGUCUUGUUUUUUUGCAGACCUUAAUAACCUCUGCCUUCCUGUCACCCUUUGCUGGAGUUAGCCCAUUUGUUUUCCCAACCUUUCUGUUUAAUUGGUGUGUGCUCUUGUUUAUUCUUUGUGGCUACUCUCAUUUCCUGCUUUUUGGUGCUUUCUGUGUAACUGCUCCCCUUGUUACUGUUGGUUUUUGAAUAUUUCACUGGCAGAAGAUGUAUUAGCUUAAAGCUUUGUGGCCAUAGCUGUCAGAAGCUGUGAAGCCAUCUGAAACUGAACGCUUAUGAAACUGCGCUAAAGGCAGCCUGGGACACAUAAAAAAUGCCAAUUAUUCAGCUUCAGUAAUGCUGUUGUAGCUUGUAUUGUAUUUUCGUGUAAUUUCAACCACAUUUUAAUGUCAUUGGAAACUAGAGCUGUGUUCUGACAGAAAAAAAAAUAUGUUUGGGGCUUUUGUAAUGAGAAACGUCAAUGGCCAGUUUGACACCCAGUUAUUCUUAUUUCCUCAGUAACUGUAAUGCAUUGAUUUAAUACUGAGAAAAUAGGAGGAACCAGCUGGAUAGACUGUAAUGCUGCAAUCACACUAUCCAACUCAUUUUUAAAUGGACACUUAAUUGCCAUGUGGCUCCUGGUGUACUGUUUCUUCAAAUGGCAUGAAUUGUUAUGGGUACUGAUGAUGUAAUUUUUCUCUGGUCUGCUCAAACAAGUAAUAAAAGCAAAAUGUCAAAAACAUUGCAUUAAUAAAAGGCUUACCAAUAAUAAUAAUACCAACCUAUUCACACCAGUGGGAAAUUCUACCCAUUGUAUUUCCCCCUUCAUGAUUACAGCAAAACUGUGGCUAUGUUUGUGAUUGCUAGGGUCUUGUGGCUAUUUUGAACAUAAUAUUUUUAUUUAAACACAUUUUCUGAUGAGCUGAUUGUAAUAAAUAGUUAUAUUUGCCCCAGGACAUAGAGGAGGGGCAAAGUGAAUGACACACAAA